AUGCGCACCUCAUCCCUCCUCGUCGCCGGCCUCUUGGCACUCUCCCACGCCGCGACGCUCCCGUCCCCCAACUCCCCCGUCAACGAUCUCGUAGCCCGCAAGGGCGGAAGCGACGACGGCGGCAGCAGCGGAAAGGGCAAAGGCUCCGGAGACAGCAGCGGCAGUGGCAGCUCCACCAACCAAUGCACCGUCUGGCAACAGGUCAACAAGGACCUGAACACGCGCUUCAUGGCCGGAGACCAGUGCAACGACCUCGCGCGCGCCGCCAUCCGCGCCAUCUUCCACGACUGCGGCUCGUGGGACAACUCGCAGGGCUUCAGCGGCGGCUGCGACGGGUCCCUCGUCCUGGGCAAGAGCUCGACGGCGGGCGACCCCGACGAGCUUUUCCGCCCGGAGAACAGGGGGCUGCAGACCAUCGCCAAGGUCCUGCAGGACAUGGCGGGGACGUAUGGGACGAGCGUUGCUGAUAUGAUUGUUUUUGCUGGAAAUGCCGCGAUUUUCUUGUGCCCUGGAGGUCCCAAGGUGAAGACCUUCGUCGGCAGGAAAGACAGCACCGCCAACGCGAAGCCGGGCGGUCUCCCCGACGUCUUCGGCAGCGCGCAGAGUCUGUUUGCCCUCUUCGCGGCGAAGGGAUUUUCGGCUGAAGACUUGGCUGCUCUCCUCGGUGCUCACAGCACGUCCACUCAGAACUUCGUCGACCCCAAGCAAGCGAACGCGUCUCAAGAUUCCACUCCUGGCAAGUGGGAUGUCAACUACUACUCCGAGACCUACAACUACGCCGUGCAGAAGGCUCCCAAGCAGGCCCCCCCGGGUGUCUUCGUGUUCCCCUCUGAUGAGAAGCUCGCUACGGACACGGACACCGGAGUUGGCAAGAAGUUCCAGGGUUUCAUUGGUAACCAGAACAAGUGGGCCAGCUCAUUCUCCAACGCGAUGGAGAAGAUGGCACUCUUUGGCAACAACAAGGGAACUAUGACUGACUGCACCGACGCGAUUGCGAGGGUCUGA